AUGUCGGCAUCCGUACGCACAAGAUUUCCUCGACUCGACCUUUGGCGGUUUCGAGAUGAUGAUGAGGUCUCGAAGCCCGUCGGCUAUACGUUUGCCGCACAGAUGGACUCCAACGGACCUCAGAGCGCGCUUCAGGCCAAGCAUAAAUUUGCAGCUUGGCUGAUGAGCUUGUGCGGCCUCGAAGAGGUCUGCUUCUCGUUUAGCUGCGUCUCAAAUUCCCAAAAGCACUGCUCGCUCAUACUCGCGACUUCUGAGGAAGCGAAUCCCACAGAAACCUGUGUGGCACUCAGCGAAACCGAGUCAGACGCAAGCUCGACGUCUAAAGAGCGGCGCACGGAUUUCGCUCUGAUAUACCAUGUUGACGACCCGCGCCCGCUGGAUGCUUCGCACACAUGCUGCGGGGUUGCGGUCCACUAUAAUGGGGAGAUUAGUAUGCAGCUCAAUGUUGCGCACGUCGACGCUCAAGCUGCACAAAAUAUCUUCCACGCAUUGACUCGCCACAUGUCGGGAUCUCAAAUCGUGCGAGCACCUGAGCUGUCCAUUCUCAAUCAUCCGAUGAAGUCCGGCGACUUGCCAUCUCCACUUCCCAUCGAUGAGGGCAGCGAUUUCGCAGGGGAAGUCGAGUUGCUUCACUCGGCGUUUGAGAGACGAGUUACAGAAUCACCAGAUCACGUCGCACUGUCUUAUCUUUACGAAGCAGGUCCAAGCCCUGUCUUUCGAGACCUAACGUAUGGCGAGCUCGACGCUCUCUCGAACAGGAUAGCAAUCGCUAUCCGCGAACACGUUAAGCGCCACCCUCUCACGGGCACCCAGACCGAGCAAGAGCCUUUCGUCGUGCCUCUCUUUUUAGGGCCGUCCAUCCAGAUGUACGCGGCUUACUUCGGAUGUCUAAAAGCUGGCGUCACGCUCUGUCCACUUCCACUCGACGCACCGGACGAGCGUCUGAGAGACAUUCUUGAUGAUUUUAGCCCCGUGAUUGGACUAUACAGCUCGGUCAUGGGCUGGAUGCCACAUAGAAUCAACGAACCGCAUGCGCGCACUCAAUGGCUGGAUCUGGACAAUCUGCCCGAUCAUGCGACGAAAGCAACCGAAUGGCCGUUGACAUCACCGCAUGACAUCGCCUACAUUUUGUACACAUCUGGGUCGACGGGAAAGCCAAAGGGAGUCCAGAUCAGUCAUCGCUCAGCCGCGUGCUCGAUCUCAGCACACGCACAAUCUGCACCGCUUCUGCCAAGAGAGGUGACUAGAUGGUUUCAGUUCGCAGCCCCAACAUUCGACCCGAGCAUCAUGGAAAUCUUUCUAUGCCUUGGGUCAGGCGCUACAUUGUGCUCGGCAAAGCGCCAGUUGACAUUGUCAGACCUCAAUGCCACUGUGGCGGCGUCUAGAGCGACGAUCAUGAUGGCUACGCCAAGCUUGGCUGGUCUUCUCGAUCCGCAGAGAAUUCCAACUCUAAAGUCUCUCUGGACCAUGGGCGAAGCGCUUGGACCCUCAGUGAUCGAUAAAUUUGCGUCGGAUAGCAAGACUUCCAACGGCGGAGGUCCGCAUGGUCUUUAUAAUGCGUACGGCCCGACCGAGGCUGCCAUCAAUUGCACACUUCUCAAGAUGAUGCCCGACUACCGAGGUACGAUCCUGGGCGACGCCCUCGAGUCGUGUUCUCUUUUCAUUGCAAGAGAGAUCUCAGGUCGUGCGCUCGAAGCUGUCGAAGCUGGCAUGACGGGAGAGCUGAUCAUCGGCGGGCCGCAAGUCAGCUCGCGCGGGUAUCUCAAGCGGCCCAGUGAGACUGACAAAGCGUUCACGAAGCACGGCGCGUGGGGAAGGGUCUACCGGACUGGAGAUCGCGCUAGGAUUGUUUGGCGAGAGGAUCAUCACCCUUAUGUAGAGAUACUCGGUAGGCUCGGAGGCGCAUCUCAACGCCAGGUCAAGAUCAAUGGCCAACGCGUCGAGCUGAGUGAUGUAGAAGCCAGCAUUCUCAAAGCCAUCAAGCGAGAUGACGCUAGCCGCGAUGUUCACGCCCUUCACGCAUUGCUCGCGCACGGAAAGCAGCUGGUCGCAGUCGUCAUAUGUCCAGCUCUUUCAGGUGUCGAUUCGCCGAGGGAGAAAGUCGUGCAAGGCGCUCUCAGAGCAGCAGCCAACAGCGCUCUUCCCCCGUUCGCCCGGCCCAGCAGGUUCAUCAUCCGCAAGGACGAGUUACUCUCUGCAAGCGGCAAGCUCGACUCGCGUGGUCUCAUAGCGUUUGCCGAAGGCGUGCUAGAAGAUCUGCCAAGCGCUCUCCCAAAUAGCACUGAACCAUCUGAAGAGGGAGGAGACGACGCCACGACAUUUCUGCUCAGCGCGCUCAGCCGUGUGCUGGAUGCACGUGGCGGUGCACAAACGAGACUAUCUUCGAACAGCUCUAUCAACGCAGCCGGUCUCGAUAGCCUCUCGGCCAUGAAGCUGCUCGACCUGACCCGCGACCACGAAGUGCUACGGCACCUGUCUUUGGCGGUGCUUUUGAAUCGCACUGAAUGUACAGUCACACAGGUCGUCGAUGCCUGCAAGCAGGAUCCCGCCCGCAAGGAGGAGGGCAUCGAAAAGAUGCUAAGCAGCUUUGACGCGCGUCAUCGCGAGCACUGCGUCCACGCACUUGGCGGAGUGGCUGUCACCUCUGUUCUGCCCGUCACACCAACCCAGGCUGGCAUUUUGGCAAGCUUUUUGAGACGAAGAUCGUAUAUUCAUCAUUUUCCGUACCAACUUGCCUCCGACAUCGAUGUCGACAGACUCUCGAACAGUCUUGAGCUGGUUGCUGGCCAGCACGAGGCGCUCCGCAGCACGUUCAUACCAGUAGACGACGAGCUGGCCCCCUUUGCUCAGUGUGUACUGGCACAAGAAGUGUUGCGACCCGACACGCACGCGCUGCUGCCCUCCGACCUCUCUCCCACGCUGCUUUACGAAAAGGUCAACAAAGAGAUGCAGCUGGAAAAGCCUCCGGUCAAAUUCCAUUGGCUGAAGGAUGCUCACACUUUGGUGGUUUCGCUUCAUCAUGCCAUCUUCGAUGGGGGCUCGCUUGGCUUAUUUCUUGAGGAUGUCGAGCGUGCUUACAAGGGUUUGAGCGUUGUCAAGCGACCCGGACCAGCAGCAGCGUCUGCAGAGCACCUCGGCGCACAUCUGGACGCGGCAUCGACCCUACAGAUCGAAGACUUUUGGAAGAAGGAGCUGAAGGGAUUUGAAUCGCAACCGUUCACAGAUGUGGCGGGCCGCAAACCCACUGCAUCUUCGCGCCUCGGGCUGUGCGACGCUACAGAGAUAUUCACAAAGGCCGACGCGAGUGGUCUUCAAGACAUUUCAUUGGAGGACCUUUUCCAGGCAGCCAGAGCCUAUGGAAGCACUCCACUGGCUAUCGUACAGCUCGCCUGGUGCCUCAUUCUAAACUCAUACUCCGAGAGCGCUUCGCGAGAUGUUGCGUUCGGUAGUGUAGUGUCCGGACGCAUCGAAAGCUGGGCGAGAAAGUGCGCCGCUCCCACAUUCGCAACUCUGCCGGCCCGUCUAGAUCUUGAUGCUACAGACUCUAGGGGCACCAUUGCAGGGGCCGUCCAGAACCUUGCAGCUCAAGCGCAAAGAGCGCUGAGUCACAGUCAGAUCAAGCUCGGGUCUAUCGUCACUCAGGAUGGGGCACUUCCAUACGACACCCUGCUCGCUCUGCAGCUUUUUGAAGCAGAGCAAGGGCCCUUUCUCGGUGGAGAAGAGCUCCCGCCGCCGCCCAUGGAUAAUGAUUUCGCUGUCAUGAUUGAAGUAUGGCCAGGCACUGCGGUGCGCUCGUUGCGCCUCCGUGCAACGUACAAGACUUCUCUUCUUUGCUCUGAAAGCUCCAAAUUGAUACUCAGGCAAUUGCACGGUCUGCUGCAAGUAAUCUGUGGCCGCAGCAAGAUGCUAGACGCGCGCGAAAGCCCUCUUUCGACUCUCACCUCAGAUUUGACGAACGCUGUGCCAUCAUUAGCUGCCCGAUGCAUCGGCAGACACGUCGAAGAGCUACAAGGUGACAAUGCAUUUCUUCAUGCCGGGUUCGAACAACAAGCAGAAGCACAUCCGGAUCGACCAGCGUUGAUCUUCAACCGACAAGCAGGUCCAGGUUCACAAGAAGUUGUGACGUAUAGGGAACUCGACGCUCUGGCCAACUUCUGGGCACGUCGUCUGAUUUCUGCCAACUCUGGAAAAACACUGGUCGAUCAAGCCGUGCCCCUCUAUGCAGUCAAGUCCAUCGACUUGUACGUUGGCCUUUUGGCGAUUCUCAAGGCUGGAGGAGCGUGGUGCCCUAUCGACCCUACCUUGCCUGUCGCUCGCAAAGUCAACCUUGUGCUGCGUUGCGCAAGUCCAAUCGUAGUGGUUGCAGGCGAAGUGGCGGAAGACCGGCGCUUCGAGCAGUUGAUGAAGAACCGAGAAGUCGCUAAUCUCGUCAAGCACGUGGUGACAUGUGAUGGCCACGUGGGACGAAGCGAGGCUAUAGGUCAGUCGUUGAGCUCGGCUGGAAGCCCCGUCCCUCGUGCGCAUGGCGCGCGCUCGCCACGGCAGCUCGCAUACCUCAUCUGGACUAGCGGUUCGACAGGUGAACCCAAAGGGGUCUUGAUCGAACACUUGGCCGCGUCCAUGGCGAUGCGAUCUUUACAAGCCUCUAUUCCACAUGGCGCGGAUCCGCCCCGCACUCUCCAGUUCUCCGCCUUCACCUUCGACGUCUUUGUACAGGAUCUCUUCUACACCUGGGGGCUAGGUGGCUGCGUCGUUGCUGCGCCGCAAGGUGUCAUGAUCGAUAGUCUGGCUCGGCUUGCGUCAGACUGUCAAGCCACUCAUGCCCAUCUGACACCAGCCUACGCAGCUUGUGUUUCACGCGAAGAAUGUCCCACUCUGCGUUACGUUACGAUGAUAGGAGAGAAGCUCAGCGAAGAAGUAGCGCUGGACUGGAGUGCAGGCGGCAAAAUCUAUGCCUUCAACACGUACGGCCCAGCGGAAAAUACAGUGGUAUCUACCUGGCGGCGCUUCACGCCCGAUGACGCCAUGAAGGCCCAGAAUGUAGGAUUUCCCUUGCCUAACACCUCAUGUCUGGUACUGCGGGACGACGGCCUGCCAGCGCUCCUUGGAGGGACUGGUGAACUUGCCUUGGGAGGUGUACAGGUUGCUCGAGGGUACUUGAAAGACGAGGCAAGAACGCGAGCCAAGUAUCCGACGACUAAACAAGAUGGUCGCAUCUAUCACACAGGUGACAUGGUCAGAAUGCUACACGACGGUAGUAUCGACUUCAUCGGCAGGCAAGAUGAUUUGGUCAAAUUGGGAGGCAUUCGUGUUGAGCUCAGCGAGAUCAGUCAUGCUUUGCGUGAAUGUCACCCUGUGGUAAAGCAGAUCGAGACCAUGCUUCUUGCAUCAGGAGAGGAAAAUCAGGCGGCCAAGGUCAUUGUUAGCUUUUUCGCCUGCCCCAGUCUCGGAGAUGGCAAGACAACAACAUCAGUCCAGGAUGCCGUGCUGUCCGCGGCCAAAUCGCAAGUCGCCAAGCACCUGCCUGACUAUAUGCAUCCAGCCCACUACAUUUUGGUUCCAGAAAUUCCGCGCUCUGCUUCCGCCAAGACCGAUCGAAAAGGUCUUGCAGCAGUAUUUUCGAAACACUUGGCUCGGGCGGUGAUCCAAUCAGGAAAACAUCAGACUUCGCAAUCAGAGCAGAUCGAUCUCAAGGAGCCGGCCUCGACCGUGGCUCAGUGUCUCGCCGAGGUGGUUGGAUCAAGCUCUCUUCCCAAGGACAUCUCCAGGCUCGCCAACGCGACCUCUCUGCGCGCGUCUGGCUUGGAUUCGAUUCGAACGAUUCGAUUAGCAGUCAAGCUACGCUCAGCCGGUCUGAAGUCCCCGCCCGCUGUCGAAUUGAUGCGCUUGAGGACGUUCACGCAACUCGUUGUUUUGGUGGCCAAAGUCAACGGGCUCACGGACCAGAAGCUUGCAAUAGCAAAAGGAGACGCCACCGGCUUCGACGCUGCAACAGAACACAAACGCGCGCUCGAUCGCUUCAGCGACAAGUGGAAGCGAAGCGCAGAAGCCACACUGGUUGAACAGCCUGGUGAUGUAACGUUGUCAGGCCAGAAACCCUUGCUCCAAAACCUCCUGCCAUGCACGCAUUUGCAGCAAUCUCUUCUCCUGCAGACUCAGAAAGAGGUGCAAGCGUACUGGGGCAGCACGGCGAUCAAGCUGGGUAGGACAGAAGCAGCUUCAGUGAAACGAGCCUGUUUGGCAAUAGCGAGUCGAAUAGACGUGCUUCGAACCACAUUCCUGCCAACCGCAUUGCUCGGCAGCAGCGACGCGAACCUAUCAGGUGGUUUCGUGCAGGCUGUUCUCUCGCCUAGCGCCUUUAAUUUGGACUGGACCUGCUGCAUGACAAACUCUGAUGCUGAGCUGGCACGGCUUGUCACUGAACGUUUGGAAUCUGUUUCGCGGGCGCGACAUCCAUUCUUCGCAGGAAAGCCGGGAUGGGCGGUGACGUUCAUCAGUGGUGCCGACUCGACCACGUAUCUGCUCUUCACCAUGCAUCACGCUCUGUACGACAAACAAAGUAUGGAGCUGAUACUGUCCAGCCUUGCCUCGGAGCUUCAAGCUUCGAAAGCUCCUGUAAGCGUUCCAUCGCUCCACGAGACUCUCGCACAUCUUCCACGCUCCUCGAUUUGGGCGCUUAGCGACAGCGAGCUUGGCCAUUGGCGCCAGCUUUGCGACCGGUACGCAUCUCAUUGCUUGCCGUGGUCGUUGCCUGAUCUCACAGGCUCGGCACGGAGAGCUCACGGACGCGCUCCGAGAAUGUACCACGUCGCAUCUCCGCUGCAGCAGACGGCUGCCAUGGAUCUGGUCGCGGCAAGAGCAGACCUCCCGUCCGUGGCGACGAUCAUUCAGGCGGCGUAUGGCGCGAUCCUAGCACACUACCUCGACCAAGCUGCCGUUCUCAUAGGUACCACUGUAAGCGAGCGCGUCCACGCGGCGCAGCUGGACAGCGCGAUCGCACCCCUAAUCGCUACCGUGCCCUUUUUCGUCGAGAGCAGCGGGAAAAUCGACGAGGCCUUGGCAUCUCUAUCGUCACAGUGGCGCAAUUCGCUAACAAAUCGGCAUAUCUCUGCCACUUCCGUGCGCAAAUUGCUCUCCUGGCCUGCGGAUCAACCACUGUAUGCGGGGGUGUUUGUUUUGCAAGUGGAGUCGGACGAAAAAUCGCAGGCAGCAAAGGUGCAAGAGCAUGAUUUGUCGAACGCAGGGGCCUUGCAAGUGGAGCACGCGCUUGCACUCAACGUCUAUACAUCAGAGAGCGGCAAAAUCAAGAGGAUGAUUCUGUCUGCUUCAGCAGAUACUUUGUCCGCCGCGCAUCUUGACGUCAUGCUUCAGCAAGUUCUUGGCCUGAUGAACGCAAUGUGUUCUGCAUCGGCUGGAGCAGACAUGCGGGCGUUGAUCAGUGCGUUGCCUACUUCGAGCUUGUCCAUCCAGCAUUUGUCUCCAGCCGCGCGGUCCAGCCAAUCAACGCUCGCAAAGGCUCCACGCACGCAUCCCUGCUUCUGGAUUUCUCACUAUGCAAGGACACAGCCCGAGUGGAUAGCUGCCGAGCAGGUGGUUGGUCCGCUAGAUCAAGUAACGGUGACAGAUGCUUCACAAAAAGACUCUUCAGUCCUCAGAUGGACUUACAAGAUGUUGGAUCAGGUUUCAGACUCGUACGCGUCUGCUUUGCUGGAGCGACUCGGCACGGCUUCAGGCAGAGUGAUCGGUCUAUGUAUGGGCAGGACGCUUGAGGCCUUCGCAGCUGUCUUGGCGAUUUUCAAAUUGGACGCCAUCUAUCUUCCCAUUGCGGAGGACCUACCCGGAGAGCGCAAGCUCACCUUGCUGCAGGACUCGCAAGCGGCGUGUAUCUUUACGUCUGACGGCCUUCUCGACGGCGUAGUUGAUGGCGCACGCAGUGACGCCUGGGUCGUAGACGUCGACGGUGUGGAGUGGCGAGCUGUCUCUGCUGGACCUGCGAGGGCUGUCGACCUUUCCGACGAGGGCGGCAAAGGCGGAUACCUCCUUUACACGUCCGGAUCAACGGGCAAACCGAAAGGUGUGCUUGUCAGUUCUGCUAAUCUCUCUGCCUAUGUGGAGGGUUUCUAUGCCGUCCUCAAGUUCUACUCGAAGCGAUCGUGCGACUUGGCUGGCAGAGGAAAGUAUCUCAACUUGGCCAGUCGUGCUUUUGAUCCCCACUUGUCUCAGAUGUUCAUGGCUUGGCGACUAGGAUACGCUGCUACCACUGGGCCUCGAGCCGAUCUCCUCGAGGAUCUGUCCCAGACGGUGACUAGGCUGCAAAUCACGCACAUAGGUAUGCUUCCCUCGCUCCUCGAGCAAGCUGGACUGACUCCAGAGAGUGCGCCCAGCCUUGCAGUCGUAAGCGUCGGGGGAGAAAAGAUCACUCCAUAUGUCCUCGACAAGUGGGGCCGCGAGAGCGGGACCGGUGAAGUCGACGGGCAGCAAGCCCUCGUACUGAAUCUUUACGGCCCCACUGAGGUCACAAUCGGCUGCACCAUGGCGUGUGUUUCACGCGAUUCGAGCCCACGCAAUAUCGGCUAUCCUGUCGGCAACGCCUCAGUAGUAGUCCUAGUACCAGGCACCAGUCACGUUGCCGCGCGAGGCGAGCAAGGAGAACUCGUACUUUUGGGAGAUCUCGUAGCUCUGGGCUACCAUCACAGACCAGAUCAAGGAGGUUUCGUCAUUCUCACUCUGCCCGACUCUUCGAAGCAUCGAGCUUACCGUACUGGCGACAUGGUACGGAUGCUUGCGGAUGGCACGAUCGACUUUCUAGGCCGCACUGAUGAGCAGAUCAAGAUUCGUGGGCAGAGACUUGAGCUCGGCGAAGUAAGCGAGACUGUCAGAAGAUGCGCCUCAGCUCUCGGCUAUUUCGUUCAAGCGGCUGCAGCAUACAUCAAACACCCAUCUCUUCCUGCACCGAGGCUCUGGGUGCAUCUUUGCGUCGACAGAGAAGCGCAGUGUAGUCAGAAAGAGCCCAUCGAGAUGGUAGACCAUGAAAGCGACUCACAGCUCGUCACCUGGGCUCAUGUUGAGCUGGUAAAGGCUCUACGCAGCGAGUUGCCAUCCUUCAUGAUCCCCACUCCGAUCGUGUAUCGCCGAAUGCCUCGCCUGCCGUCGGGAAAGGUGGACAUCAAGCGAGCCAAUGCUCAUCUCUGCCAGUCUCCAAUUGGACGCCUCUUGGAGCCGCUCGGUCCUCCAGACACAAAAGCCCAGCAACAACAAUCCGGCGCAGACGACCUGACGUACGAAGAAUCGCGCAUUGUCGACAUGAUCGCAUCGGUUAUGGGCUCUUCACCGCAGACAGGUACAGCGAAAGUAACCGGCAGUAGCAGCGUUUUCGAGCUUGGGAUCGACAGCUUGAGCGCGCUAGGUCUCUCUCUGAAACUUCGACAAGAGCUGCACUUGGAUGCAAGCGUCGCAGCCGUGUUUCUGGCCGAGACCGUCUCUGGGUUAGCCGCUCUGCCACCUCUUGCAUUGACCGAAUCUCGGACCGUCGAACAUCAGCAACUACAACGCGAACAUGCUUUCAAUGCCGCGGCUGAGAGGUACGUUCUAGAUCGGAUUGGCGGCAAGAAUGGAGAGGCGCCUCUCGCUAGCAGCAUCACGAGCGUGCGACGGGCAAUGCCUUUACAAGAAGCGCUUGUUGCUUUGACGAUGAUGGCAAGAGAUGCGGGCGAUCUCAAUCUCCCUUACAUCAGCCACCACGCCUACUCUCUGCGCGGGGGAGAUGAGAGCGCUGGUAUAGAGCAUGUUGUCGAGGCAUGGCGCCAAGUCAUCACAGACAGCGAUCUCCUGCGCACCUGCUUCAUGGAUGGCCCCGAGGCAAACGUCGUGCAGGUAAUCCUGGAACCCACCCCCGAGCUCUUGUCCCGACUGGUAGUCUCGAGAAAUGCUGACGACGGUGUGCCAUGGAGCUGCUCCGAAGCGGCGGCGUCUAUUUGUUCGAAUAUGGCAUCUGCGCCCCCCAUUCGAGUUGGCAUUGAUUGCUCAACCCGCCGCAUCCACUUAGCGAUACACCACUCUCUCUAUGAUGGCCAUACGCUUCCCAUUGUCCACCGUAGGGUAGAAACCAUUGCGGUCAAAUUGAGUCGCGGCCAACAGGUUGACAGCAAACCGAGUCUGAUUAGUUCAGCGUUCGAGGCUCGCGCGCUGGCUAUCGUUGCCAAAGCAAACGAACCUUCUGCUGUCGCUUUCUGGCGCAACCACCUGUCGGGCGUCCGCUACGCUUCCAGAAGCGCUCUUUAUUCAUCAUUCAGGCCGGUACCCAACGAUCAGGCGUCAGCUCAGAUCAAGUCAGAGUGUCGCCGCGUCGAAUUGGACCUAUCGUCGCUACUGGCUGCGCUUCAAGACAGAGCUGUGCACGAGCACAAGACGACCCUGGCCGUACUACUGCAGGCAGCGCUGGCCAUGACCCUAGCGUACCAUCAAAGUGACCGCGAUGUCGUGUUUGGCACUGUGCUCUCUGGUCGGGGUCCUAUCGCAGACGACGACGGUGGCAGUCUUCUGCCCUGCGUAACCACAAUUCCGUCACGAUUUGAUCUGAGGGAGGCACGCAGUGUCAAGCAAGUCGUCGAGAUCGCCAAGCGAUCUGUGCUGCGGACGUGGCCAUACCAGCACACUGCUCUUCGUAGGAUACAGACAGCUAUUGCUGCGCCACGUAGGCUGUUUGAGACGCUGUUCGCGUUCGAACAGCAUACAGUCCGCUCUCCGCUACAGGAUGCUGAGCUUCACUUACAUGCUGACGAGUCAGCAAGCGUCAUCGACUAUCCAGUCGCAUUAAACGUCGUCCAUUCUGGAGACUCGCAGUUGACGGCGGUCUUGGCCUUCAAGCCACAAGAACUCCGAGACGGCAUGCAUCAUGCAUUGUAUCUUGCUGAAAGUUUCCGCCACGUUCUCAGCGUCGUAGCGGACGCUGGCGAGCAGCCGACCCUGGAGGAAUUGGGUCUUUGCUCGUCACCAGCAGUGCCAGACGAGACCAUACCGGAAGACGCGGUGGAUGCGCACUCCGACGCUGGCUGGAAUGCAUCAGAACUCAAGGCUCGAGACGUCUUGGCUGCUUUGUUGGAUAUAGAGCCAUCCGGAAUCCGCCGUACAGAUCCCUUCUAUCGGCUCGGGCUAGACUCUAUUCUUGCGAUUAGGUUUGCACGAGAGCUUCGCGCGGUGGAGAUCAGGAAAAGUCCGGUACAGAUAGUUCAGGCCGGCAGUCUUGGGACACUGUUCUCGGAAAGGUCCCCGGAAAUGACAAGCACGAAGAGCUUCGUUCAGGCACGCUCGGCCGCAGUCUCUUCGUUACCACAGUUGCGCAACAAGGCGCCGUCUUGCUCCACGGCUAUCGACUUCAAGCUCAAAGAACUUUUCGUGCCGCUUCACGAAACGGACAAGGCUGAAGCCAUCUACCCUUGUACACCCUUGCAAUCUGGAAUGUUGACUCUCAGCAGCGGUGCAGCGCAGUCUGGAUAUCGUCAAGUCCAUGCACUCCGUUUGCGGUCGGACAUCAACUUGGAUAAGCUUCGAGAUGCCUGGGCAUCAGUUGUUGAGACCAACGACAUUCUGCGUACUACGUUCCAUCUCGAUGACUCUGAAGACUCGCAAUGGCUGGCCAUCGUUCACAAGCAUGCACCAAUCGUGUGGAGCCAUGGACCCGGUUCAACAGCUCCAACUGCAUUGGAUAGUAUGCCACCCGUUGGCGUGACCGUUGAUGCAGGGGUUGCACGUUUCGCCUUGCAUCAUGCAGUAUACGACGGCGUGUCGCUGCCCCUAAUGUUCGCUCAAUUGAGAGAAGCGUACGCCAACGGCAAUCGCUUGCCGGCGCGCAAGCCAUUUCACGCCGUAGCGCGCGCCUUGACAGCAAAUCGUGCCGAGCACGAAGAGUACUGGUGCAACAAGCUAAGCGGAUUCAGAGGCAUCAGCCCUAGGCCUCCGUUCCCAGAGAAAGUAAGGACACGAGCGAGCUGUUUCCUCGACAUACCCGGGCAAAGCGUAAGGACAGCUUGCAAAGAACUAGGCGUCACCUUGCAAGCCAUUUGCAUGUUGGCCAACGCCAUGAUGCUCGCGAGCUCGUACGUAGGCCACCGUGAUGUCUCUUUUGCACACGUCAUGGCGUGCCGUCAGCUUUCCCUCGAAGAGGAGGCGGUGGCAGAUGAAGAGGAGGUGAUUGGGCCGCUUUUCAACACUGUCGUCAGACGAAUUCAAAUUCUGCCAUUGUUGGCAUCUUGCUCUGAGGUUGUGGCAAGCGUGCAGCGAGAGCUUGACGAAUCGAUGCCGCAUCAAGGAGCUAGCCUUGCAAACGUCCAGAAGAGCUGGCGUAAGAGUAACAGACCAGAGCUUCGUCAUAGGCUGCUGGACAGCUUGUUCGUCUUCCACAAAGCGAUAAACCCUGCUCGUUCAGCGUCGCACGACAAAGCGCCAUUAUGGAGAGCGCAAGACGAGAAUACGCUUGCGGGUAGCGAAGAGGAGUAUCCUCUGAAUGUCAGCAUCGUGGAGCGCGAGGACGGAACGGCGGAAGUGUUGGCCAACUCAAACGUUCUCGACCCGCGCAAAGUAGUGGACCAAAUCGCUUCGUGCGCCCGGAUGAUCCUGCUCCAGCCUCAUUGCCGCGCAGUCACUACACUCAGAGGCCUCGAGAAGACGCCGAUAGGGCCAGUUGCCGCCACCUUUAGCAUAGACGGAGAAGUUGCGACCCGCCCUCUGUCGCCUGAAGAAUCGACGCUCAAACAAGCCGUCGAAAAGGUGCUCAAUCUGAGCGUGGAGCAGUCGAGCGCUCAGCUUGCCAGCGCGAGUGCGGACGUUCUAGCUGCUGGCAUCGAUUCCAUCAAUGCUAUCAAAUUGGCUCGCCUCUGUCGAGCCAAUGGACUCGUGCACGUGUCCGUACCCGUGAUUCUACGCGGACAGACUUUGGCAGAGAUCAUUGCGCUCAGUAACGCCUCGCAAGCACCGCGCGCUACUAUCCUUGCCAAGCAGCCGACACCUCUCGAUUCGUUGCAGCGCAAGGCCAUCGCUAGACUGCCCCUGCCAGAGGCAGACGUAGAAGCGGUUCUGCCGUGUUUGCCGGGGCAAAUACAUCAUCUCGAGGCUUGGUUGGCGACGGGCCGCCGCUUCUACGAAGCUCCAUGGGUGUUUGAUUGUUCUUUAAAAAUCCGACCAGACCAAUUGGCGAGCGCGUUGGAGCGUCUUCGUGCCAAUUACACGACGCUACGCACCUGCUUUGUUGGCGUCGGUGGCACCGCUCAGCAAGUGAUCUUGAAAGCCGGUCGAGCUCCCUCGGUACUGCGCGUCGUGUCGACGAGCGACGACGAUAGAGACCGCUUCCUUGCGCAAGAAGUGUUGCGCUGCAACAGCAUGUCUUUCGACUUGCGCUCCCCACCUGUUCAGGUCGUCCUCCUUCAAAGCGAGACCAAGUCAUUGCUAAUCUUGAAAAUGCAUCACGCACUUUAUGAUGCUUGGUGUGUUUCAAGGAUGUUUGCAGACUUGCAAGCGCUGUACAAUCGGCCUUCGAUCGAGUCACGCGCACCUUUUACUCAAUACGUGGAUAAGCUUUGCGAUACGCGAGAUACUCGCAUUCAACAGCAGCAAUGUUUCUGGGACAGCGAUCUGGCAGCAGCACAAGCGACGAUCCUGCCGACUUCGCAAGCCGCCUGCCUUGAGAAGACCGCGCGAGGCCCAAAUUUGUUGGUCCGAGUGCCCGACGCGGUACACGAUGUGGCGAACCUGGAAGCGCAAUGCGUUAAAGCAGGGACCUCUCUACGCUACGUUGUGAUGCACUCGCUCGCGCGGGUCCUCGGUGAAAUUUGCAGCGUGUCGGUGCCGACGUUCGGAUUCUACACCGCAGCCCGCUCCGCAGAAGAGGACUUGGACCGAGUAGCCGGCCCCCUCUUGAAUGUCUUGCCUGUCGCCAUCGACACCUCUAUCAGCGUUCGCAAUAGUCUACAGCAAGUGCAUCGCUCCUUGACAGCACGUCGCAGCCACGAGCAGUCUUCCUUGUCCGACGUGCUCGAUCGAAAGGGGUUGACUCAACCUCUCUUCAACUGCUGGCUCAAUCUGCUCUGGCACGAUCAAGGCGACGAAGGCACUCCAGGCAUCCAGGCCACUACUUCCGACACCGAAGCUCUUGUCCUCACGCACAAGAAGCUGCCCGAGGCGGCGGCGUAUUUCGACGACAAGAGGGUCAUGAAGGCUGUGCAGUCAAGCGAGACGUCACUGGGCUCACAUUUGACCUCGCGGCACCGAUCUCCCCACAAUCUGUACGUCGACGUCCGCCGCACGGCUUCCAACACGCUUGGCUUUGGCGUUCGCCUUGACCUCGCUUUGAUGGACUCCGAUUCGGCGGUAGGGCUCAUGCGGGAGGUUGCAGCACAUGUAUCACGCACGGUCCAAGAGGAGCUGCACACUUAG